CUAAAAGUACUACAACAAAAGAAACAAUCACUCUUCUAAAUCAGUACUUUCAUCACUUUGGAACUUACAAACGAAUAGUAUCAGAUAGAGGCACCUCUUUUACUUCGGAAGCAUUUUCAGAUUUAAUGACUGACCUUAAUAUAUUAAACAUGUUAAGACAGCUACAGCUACACCAAGAAGUAAUGGACAAGUCGAACGUGUCAACCGUUUUUUAAGAUCAGUAUUAGCCAAAUUGUCGGUAGACGAACCAUGGAUUAAUGUUUUAAUGAAAGCUCAAUUUUCAUUGAAUAACACAUAUCACAAAGCAAUUGAUACCUCCCCGAGUCUACUCUUGUUUUGGAUAUGAGCAACGCGGACUUAUUGGUGAAAACCUAAGAACUUAUUUACAAGACUGUAAUAAUUUAACUAAUGAUAGGACUCAACUUAGAAAUACCGCUAUUAUUAAGAAUCGCGAACUACAAGAAUACAAUAAACGUAUAUACGAUAAAAAACACAAAAAACCACGUCAAUAUAAAAUAGGCGAUUACGUAAUGAUAAAAAAUGUUAUAACUACUCCGGGGAUAAAUACUAAAUUGCUACCAAAAUAUAAGGGACCCUAUGUUAUAGAUACUGUAUUAGACAACGACCGAUAUAUAAUCUUAAGGAUAUACAAGGAUUUCAAAUUAGUCAGAAACCCUUCUCUGGUAUUUUUAGUCCUGAUCGCAUAAAACCGUGGAUCAGAAUUUCCAAAUCCGAUUCCGAACCCGAAUACGAUAGUAGCGACGAUCAAAUAGAAACGAACAUGGUCGAGGACGACCAUAUAAUGUCAGAAUGGCCGAACUGUGAAGCGUCGUCUACAAUAACCGGCGUAAGCGUGGAGUAAGAAGUAAGAGCAGGCGUAAGAGAGCUACUUCCGGUUUAAUAGAGCUGGAGUAAGGGCGUAAGCGAAAUGAAUUAUUUUUAUUUCUUACGCCUACUCUUACUCUUACGCCUUUUCACGCAUGCCUACACAACACCUACUUCACCGUAUUGUAGAUUGAGUCGGCGUAAACCUUACGCCAAAAACGUUACUCCUACUCUUACUUCUUACUCCACGCUUACGCCGGUUAUUGUAGACGACGCUUGAGACUUAUUAGAUUAAGUAUGUGUGAGACUUAUUAGAUUAAGUAUGCGUUAUAUUUUAUUUCAGUUUAUAUUGUGAGAUUUGUUAUUAGAUUAAGCAUGCGUUAUAUUUUAUUUCGGUUUAUAUCCUUUUAUCGACAGCCAUAGUAAUUAUAAGUUUAUGUUCAUGCGCAUGCGCAUAACCGAGCGCGAUCAAGCCGAGAGGAAGGAGAAAGACUUCCGCCCGCCAUAUUACGUGUUAGCUGUACGUUAAAGCUGCAUUAAAGUUCUUCCGUUCCGUCCAGUUGUACCCCGCUUGUUUCUGUUGCUGGCCCCUAUCCUCGGUCAAUCCCUUACAAUACAAAAGAUUUAUGAAAACGCAUUGAGAACAUAUAUAUUUGUUGUGUAGUUAAGGAUGUAUUACGUAUACCUUCCCAGCAAAAAAUACAGUAAUCUUAAAAAUUCAAUAUAUAUCGGUUGUAUGCAUACUUUAACGGCUGGCUAAUAUUGAAUAUUAUAACAAAGAUGUUAAUGUCACUGAUUUAAAUAACUUCAACCUCUUUUUAUAAUUAUUGACAGCGUAUUUAUAAAUAUUCUUAAUAGCAGUUAAAAACUUUUAGUUGUGAAUUUGCCCAGAAUCCAACUGCUAAAACAAAAAAUCUGACAUAUGUAAUCUGCAUAUAGACAGAAAUAAGUGUUGGUUGUAUACAGGGUGUCUGAUGCAAAAGUAGCAAGAUCAGGAGUACAUCAAAAAGGACAGUUCUAGCAAACAAAUUGUAAAAGAUAUAUCUAAGAAGUUAAUUGGGGAUCCUAAAAAAUAUAUAAAUUAUUAUCACUUGCACGGCGCAUGUUUGAUGCAAUCUGGUGGUUUCAAAAUCUCAAUAUCCUCCUGGCAGGAACAACCACGUGUACCAUCAUCAGAUGAACCAGACGAUGAUAGCAGCGUUUUUUAUAAUUAUAUUGAUCUCGAGUUUGAUAAAGCCGUAUAUCCGAUCAGAGUUUCUAUAUAUUCUAUAUGAAAUGUAUCGUCCUGGGUAUAUCACUCAAAUUUGGGCUCACAAUUCUCAAGAAAAUCGGUGGUUUCCAUUAUGGACUGGCAAACGUCAGAGUUCUUUACCAAAUAAACCACGGCUAUUUUCCCCGCCUUUGGAGUUCUGUGACUUCAAAACCAAAAGGAUUAGAUUAAAAUUUACGUACAGUUUUCUGUAUUAUGAGACAAAAUUAGCAGCUGUGAUGCUUAUCGGUACAUCAAAAUUAAUCCUUUCUAAAAAUACGGAAGGAAUUUUCACUAGUAUAUUAAAGAAUGUGAAGGGCCAACAUUUGAUCACUGAUAAUUUAACGCCUAUUAAUAAACAUGCACACAGGGAUAUAAGGCGUCUCCAAGAUAAUUUUUCUUACUACUGUACCAUUUAUACGAGCCACUUGCAUUCGAAUUAUGCACGGAUUAGAAAAUGUUCCAAACUUUCUUUAGAUAGUUCCAAGAAGCUUACACCUUGCGGUUUUUCUACGCUGCCUGAUGAAAUGAUACUAAAAAUAUUAAAGUACUUGGAUAUAAGGUCGUUGUGCCAUAUGAGCACAAUGAAUAAACGUCUUAAUGACUUAACACGAGAUGGUUCUCUGUUUAAGUGCUUGG